AUGGAGCCCAUGGCCAUCCCUACGGAGGACAGCGGGGAGCGGCCCGGGGCCCCGGUUGGCGCUGGCCUGUCGGCUUCGCAGCGCCGGGCCGAGCUGCGGCGGAGAAAGCUGCUCAUGAACUCGGAGCAGCGCAUCAACCGGAUCAUGGGCUUUCACAGGCCCGGGGGCGGCUCGGAAGAAGAAAUACAAACAAAAUCAAAGCAACAGGACAGUGAUAAACUGAACUCCCUCACCAUUCCUUCAGUCUCAAAGCGAGUAGUGCUGGGUGAUUCCGUCAGUACAAAAACGACUGACCAACAGAGUGGUGUGGUGGAGGUAAAGGGAGCUGAGCUGGGAGACAAAUUGGACUCUUUCAUUAAACCACCCGAGUGCAGUAAUGACGUAAGCCUUGAGCUCCGGCAGCGGAAUCGAGGGGACUUGACAGCAGACACUCUCCAGAGGGGUCCUCGCCAUGGCCUGGAACAGUACCUCUCCAGAUUUGAAGAAGCAAUGAAGUUAAGGAAACAACUAAUUAGUGAGAAACCCAAUCAAGAGGAAGGAAAUUCAACAGAAGAAUUUGACUCUUUCCGAAUAUUUAGAUUGGUGGGAUGUGCUCUCCUUGCCUUUGGAGUCAGAGCUUUUGUUUGCAAAUAUCUGUCCAUAUUUGCUCCAUUUCUUACUUUACAACUUGCAUACAUGGGACUAUAUAAAUAUUUUCCCAAGAGUGAAAAGAAGAUAAAGACAACAGUACUAACAGCAGCGCUUCUAUUAUCUGGAAUUCCUGCUGACGUGAUAAAUCGGUCAAUGGAUACCUAUAGCAAAAUGGGCGAAGUUUUUACAGAUCUCUGUGUCUACUUUUUCACCUUUAUCUUUUGUCAUGAACUGCUUGAGUAUUGGGCCUCUGAAGUACCAUGA